UCAACAUGGUAAGCUCCAUCCCACGAAACAACUUUGCUUUUUGGCCUUGCGUGUCCCGGCCAUGUUCCCAAAUUGAACAAACCAGAAAAUCAACUUUUUGCUAAGAAUAAUAAAUAACUCAUAACUGGGAAGGAAUGGCAGCGGAGAAAGGGGAAGGAAAGGACUGCCAAAUUGAGCUACUUGUUGCCAUGAAGGAGGGAAAGUUGUUUUCCGAUUAGUCGGAAUCAGUGCCACUAACCUAGUGCAACUCCGAGUGUCGUAUCCUUUUGUUUGAGAAAUUCCAGGCAAUACACCAUAGAAUUCAAAAUCUACAAAUUGUAUCAACUCCCAAUGAAUUCAAAUGUGAGUAAGGACGAGUGGGAGAUGGACCGCGAUGGACUAAGAAAACUUUUGGCCAGGUCCCUCAAAGACCCUAUUCUGGGCAAGCACUUUUCUCUGCCCGGCCGCACAGGACUAAGUCAACCCAUCGAACUGGACACCAGCCAAAACUACAUUGCUGUGUACACUCAUCUAAAGGUGCACGCCACUGAAAUGCCGGACAGGCUGCCCACGCCCGAGGCUAUUGGGCGCGUGCAGGCGGAAAACACCGAGGUCAAACCUAAGACUCGAACUUCCAAGACCCGUGGUGACCCCUGUUCAACUACAAUUUGAGUCGAAAAUUGUUAAGUCGUGAAGAAUAAAAAUCCCCAGAGCCGAUGUUUCAUUGUCAUGUUAA